UAAGUGAUAUAAACUUGGACGCGCCAACAAUUGGUUUCCUGUUUGAAACACCCCUCAAUGUCUCAUCCAGUCUUAUCAGAAUUCGAUAUCAUCUUUGCUGGGGGCGGUACCACAGCUUGCGUAGUCGCAGGUCGCCUGGCUUCGUGGGAUCCCUCGCUCAGAAUCUUGAUUGUCGAAGGGGGGCAACACACCCUCAAUGAACCUGCGCAUGUGCAGCCCUACCAAUAUGUCAAUCAUCAGGCGCCGACGAGUACCACUGUGACAUUCAACGUUGGAAAUCCCAGUCCACAUCUCAACGGUCGUGCUCCGGUCGUUCCGUCCGCCCGUUGCGUUGGCGGAGGCUCAAGUGUGAACUUUAUGGUAUAUACACGUGCGCCGGCCUCAGAUUAUGAUGAUUGGGGAGUUGAUGGUUGGGAAUCUAAGAACUUGAUCCCACUCAUGAAGAAGCUGGAGACAUACGAGGUGCAGCCCGAUCGUCCAUCCCAUGGGUACGAUGGACCUAUCAAAGUGUCCUCUGGUGGACACAAACUAGGUGUCAGCGAAGAGUUCAUUCAUGUUGGCACGACGUAUCACAAGAGGCAAUAUGCUGAAGAUACUAACGAUUUAGAAACGUGCAACACAUACAGUCCAUGGGCGAAGUACAUUGAUGGGACAACCGGAAGGCGUUCCGAUGCAGCGCACCACUAUGUCUACAACCAAGCUCACAACCAGAAUUUACAAAUAUGGGUCGGCAAGCGCGUCAAGCGUGUUAUCUUCGAAGAUAAGCGUGCCGUAGGUGUCGAGUUCACCAGCGAUCCGAUAUCUUGCCCAGAUGCGGAUAAGUCGUCGAGCAUCGUGAGGGCAUCAAAGCUCGUUGUUAUCUCUGCGGGCGCUUUCGGUUCGCCGGCCAUUCUCGAGAGAUCUGGGAUCGGUGCCGAUGCGGUUCUGAAGCGGUGCGGUAUCGAGCAAUUAGUGGACUUGCCUGGCGUUGGAGAAAAUUACCGAGAUCACAACGGCGCCUUUCUUCCAUACUUUGCUGCUGACGAAGCUGUUACUAUGGACCCCCUCUGGCGUGGAAAGGAGAGUGCUAUACAGGAAAACCUGGCGAAAUGGAAAAUCGAUGGCAAGUCACUCAUUGCCCAAAAUGGCAGCGAUGCAAAAAUCAAAUGGCGUCCUGACGACGACGAGCUGGAAGCUAUGGGAUCAGCUUUUCAGCCACGAUGGAAAGAGUUCUUCCAGGACCGCCCAGACAAGGCUGUUGCAAUAUUUUGCCUUUUCGAGGGACACGCUGGAGCAUCCAAGAAUAAUCUCCCUCCUCGCAAUUACUUAGUUGCAUGCUGUUAUACACUGUAUCCUGUGUCUGCUGGCAGUGUUCAUAUCAAAUUGAACGAAGACGGACAAGAAGGAGUCGCCUUCGACACAGGUUACCUGGAUGAUCCAUCCGAUAUUGUACCUCUUAACUUUGGGUACAAAAAGAUGCGUGAAAUCUAUCGACGCAUGCCUUCAUACAGAGGUGAAGUCCCCUCCGGCCAUCCUCGUUUCCCAGAGGGAAGCGCAGCAGUCUGCGGAGAAACGACUGGGCCAGUGGACUUGAAUGCGCCUGACUUGGUCUACACUGCAGAAGAUGACGAGGCGAUCGAUCGCUAUCAUCGCGACCGCGUGCAAACGACAUGGCACUCGCUCGGGACUUGCGCCAUGAAGCCCAGGGCAGAUCAAGGAGUCAUUGAUGCUCGGCUCAACGUAUACGGCGUGACAAACCUCAAGGUCGCAGACAUGUCUAUCGCACCGAAGAAUGUUGGCACGAACACAUAUUCGACAGCGCUUCUCAUUGGCGAGAAGGCUGCGAUGAUCAUUGCUGACGAGUUGGGCAUUGAAUGUAGACCAUGUGAGUCGUUGUGGAAAAGUCCUGGUGCACGUCUGUGAUAGUUUUGCAGGAAUGAUCAUGAGCAUGUAUUUCAUGUGUUUAUCGUUGAUAUGCAAUCAGCGUGUGUCUCGACAAUGGACAUUCAGGAAAGAUAUUAAUUUGUCUAUUCGCACCUUCUCGCAAAGCACCGUGUCUAGUGUAUUCUAUCCUUUAACACGAAUACAGGUAAGACCGGGUGUUCAUCGAACUCGAGUUAACGUUGCAGCAUAUGUUAAAUCUACAUCUUUCGACUGCCGGAUAUACUAAGAAAGCGAGAGAACGCGAUGGUUGAUGGCAGACUCGAGGCAGACUCGUACCAAUCAACUUUUAAAUUAACGGGUGCCCGAGUCCAAAUUAAUGCGGCCCGGCGGGCUCUCGUGAUCCGCAACUACC